AUGCCCGUGGGGGGCCUGUUGCCGCUCUUCAGCAGCCCCGCGGGCGGCGGCUUGGGCGGUGGCCUGGGCGGGGGGCUCGGCGGCGGCGGCGGCAGGAAGGGGUCGGGCCCCGCCGCCUUCCGCCUGACGGAGAAGUUCGUGCUGCUGCUGGUGUUCAGCGCUUUCAUCACGCUCUGCUUCGGGGCGAUCUUCUUCCUGCCCGACUCCUCCAAGCUGCUCAGCGGGGUCCUGUUCCACUCCAGCCCCGCCGUGCAGCCGGCCGCCGACCACAAGCCCGGGCCCGGGGCACGCGCCGAAGACGCGGCCGAGGGGCGAGCCUGGCGCCGCGAGGAGGGCGCGCCCGGGGACCCGGCGGCAGCCCUGGAGGACAACUUGGCCAGGAUCCGCGAAAACCACGAGCGGGCUCUCAGGGAAGCCAAGGAGACCCUGCAGAAGCUGCCGGAGGAGAUCCAGAGAGACAUCCUGCUGGAUAAGGAGAAGGUGGCCCAGGACCAGCUGCGUGACAGGACACCGCACAGGGGGCUGCCCCGGGUGGACUUCGUGCCCCCCAUCGGGGUGGAGAACAGGGAGCCCGCCGACGACGCCGUCCGCGAGAAGAGGGCAAAGAUCAAAGAGAUGAUGAAACAUGCUUGGAAUAAUUAUAAAGAUUAUGCCUGGGGAUUAAAUGAACUUAAACCUAUAUCAAAAAAAGGCCAUUCGAGCAGUUUGUUUGGUAACAUCAAAGGUGCAACUAUAGUAGAUGCCUUGGACACACUUUUUAUUAUGGACAUGAAAAAUGAAUUUCAAGAAGCAAAAUCAUGGAUUGAAAAAAAUUUAGAUUUUAAUGUGAAUGCCGAAAUUUCUGUUUUUGAAGUGAAUAUACGCUUUGUUGGUGGACUGCUCUCAGCCUAUUAUCUGUCUGGAGAAGAGAUAUUUCGAAAGAAAGCUGUGGAACUUGGGGUAAAAUUGCUACCUGCAUUUCAUACUCCCUCUGGAAUACCUUGGGCAUUGCUGAAUAUGAAAAGUGGUAUUGGAAGGAACUGGCCCUGGGCCUCAGGAGGCAGCAGUAUUCUGGCAGAAUUUGGAACCCUGCACUUGGAGUUUAUGCACUUGAGCCACUUAUCAGGAAACCCCAUCUUUGCUGAAAAGGUAAUGAAUAUUCGAACAGUACUGAACAAGCUGGAAAAACCACAAGGCCUUUAUCCUAACUAUCUGAAUCCCAGUAGUGGACAGUGGGGUCAGCAUCAUGUAUCAGUUGGAGGACUUGGAGACAGCUUUUAUGAAUAUUUGCUAAAGGCAUGGUUAAUGUCUGACAAGACAGAUCUAGAAGCUAAGAAGAUGUAUUUUGAUGCUGUUCAGGCCAUUGAGACUCACUUGAUCCGCAAGUCUAGUGGGGGACUAACUUACAUCGCAGAGUGGAAAGGAGGCCUCCUGGAACAUAAGAUGGGCCACCUGACCUGCUUUGCUGGAGGCAUGUUUGCACUUGGGGCAGACGGAGCUCCCGAAGGCCUGGCCCAACACUACCUUGAACUUGGGGCUGAAAUUGCCCGUACCUGUCAUGAAUCUUAUAAUCGCACAUUUAUGAAACUGGGGCCAGAAGCUUUCAGAUUUGACGGUGGUGUUGAAGCCAUUGCUACAAGGCAAAAUGAAAAAUACUACAUCCUACGGCCAGAAGUUAUUGAGACUUACAUGUAUAUGUGGCGACUGACUCAUGAUCCAAAGUACAGGAAAUGGGCCUGGGAAGCCGUAGAGGCUCUGGAAAGUCACUGCAGAGUAAAUGGGGGCUAUUCAGGCCUAAGGGAUGUUUACCUCCUUCAUGAGAGUUAUGAUGAUGUGCAGCAGAGUUUCUUCCUGGCAGAGACACUAAAAUAUUUGUACUUAAUAUUUUCUGAUGACAGUCUCCUUCCACUGGAACAUUGGAUCUUCAAUACUGAGGCACAUCUUCUCCCUAUACUCCGUACAGAAAAAAAGGAAAUUGAAGUCAAAGACAAAUAAAAAGACAUUUUAUAUUUUA